UCCUGGCAUCCUGGGUAGCGAACGACUUUCAGCAUUAGUGCCUUUUGUUUCUGCGACAACUGCCACUUCGAAAACCUGUGCUGGGAAAGAUUUGGCCUUUACGUAGGUGGACAGACAUACAGAUAGGUUGUCGAAGUGGCGGUUGUCACAGAUCAUUUAUUAGACAGAUAAAAUGACAUGUUGGAGUUAGGGUAGCAAGCCGUAAGCCGUUAUAAAGGUUACAUAGCUUCAAUACGACUACAUCAUUUUCCUUUACCCAAAUUCGUCAUCGUCCUAUCGCAAACAUGACAGCAAGAACUUUGUCUCACUUGCUUCGAAUUGGAACAAGACUGUUAGGACCUUCAAGUCCUUCAGCACAGAAUCUUUCAAGGACUUUUUCCAUUUCCUCUAUAAACAAUGCAUCCACUUACAAAGCAGCAGUGUUGAAAGAAUUUGGAACUAGUUUGGAAAUCACUGAAAUGACUCAGAAGAAGUUAGCUGCCAGUGAAGUAAGAGUUGCAGUUCACAGUUGUGGUGUCAAUGCAUCUGAUUUAUUGAUGAUGGAAAAUAAGUAUGAUCAAGUUCUGAAGCCACCCUUUGUCCCAGGUUUUGAAAUUUGUGGUGAGAUUCUUGAAGUAGGCAAAGACGUAAAAACCCUCGGAAAUGGAAUGAGAGUUAUUGGGAUCAGCAAAGAAAGUCUUGGGGGAUUUGCUGAAGAAUGUGUGUUAUUAGAACAAGAUCUGUGGCCUGUAGAUCAUGCUGUUGGCUUUGACAGUGGAGCUGCCCUUACAGAUACUUAUGCUACUGCUCUCAUUGGCCUCAACCGACGUGCAGGGAUAAAUGAGAAUAGCAUUGUUCUUGUAACAGCUGCAGCUGGAGGCCUGGGUUUGGCUGCUGUAGACUUGGCUGUCAGUGUGUAUAAGGCUAAGGUAAUUGGUGUAUGUGGUACAGAAGACAAGGCUGAUUUGGUGAGGAAAAAGGGAGCUUGGGCAGCCCUCAAAUAUAACAAGAAGCACAUUAAUGCUAAGGUUAGAGAAGUUACCAGUGGCAAAGGUGUGGACAUUAUAUUUGAUGCUGUUGGAGGUGAUGUCUUUAGUGCAUGUCUUGAGAGUGUUGCCCACGAAGGUAGUGUUAUAGUAGCAGGUUUUGCCAGUCGUGUUAUUCCACACAUCGAGACCAGUCAGUUGCUGCCCAAGUCUGUCUCCUUAAUAGGAUUGUCAUUAACCCACUACAGAGAUGCUGACAACAGUGUUUACAGACAAGCUGUGGAAGAUGUAAUUGAGAUGCAUGAAAUGGGCCUCAUAAAACCUCACAUUUCUGCUACGUAUAGUCUAGAAGACUGUGAAAAGGCUUUUGAAUUUUUACGAGAAAGAAAGUCUACCGGAAAAGUUGUUCUGGAAAUAAGAUAGAUUCAAGAAAUAUUAAAUUCCUACAUUUUUUGUUGGUGAAGGUGAGCAUUCUAAGUUUGUAAUAACAAAUACAAAUGCAUUAAAUGCUCCUCGCUUGAAUAGCAUACAUAAUUGUUUAAGAUUAUGGCAGUAUUGCAUGUAGGGCAAAUAUCAUUCACCAUUCAUGACUAUGUAUAAUGUGUCAUAGUCUUGAAUGAUUAUGUGUGAUCAUAUGUAAUUACAGUUUUCAAAAUCCAAUUCUUGUAAUGCUUUAUCUGGGUACCUAAUGAACAGAAUGCUAUGAGAAUAUGGUGCAAUUUGCAAAGGCCAAUUUUCUGCUUGCUUUUAUAGUGUGUUCAUUUAUUCCUUAAAGCUACUUUUCCAUCAAUGAAGAUUUUCUUCUCAACUAAAGGAGCAGGAGCUUCACAUCGUACCAACUAGCUCAUUUUGUUUAAAGUAAACUCAUUUAGCUAAUUUGUUUUGUCAUUUUUACAACUGUUUCAAAUAAGCAAAAUUCAUUCUAGCAUCUUUAGUUCAGUUGAAUCUUCAAGGGGACCAGACUGGCCUGUCUGAUUGGCUUAAAGUAACCAUUAUGUUUCUUGUCAAAGAGUUAUAUCUAUAUAGAGAUAAGGGCUUUUGUAUCAUACAUAAUCUUUAUUGUAUUUAUAUGUAUAAUAAUCUGUGAAUAUUAAAACCUUUACAUAUUC